CCCGCGAAAUUUUAAUGUCCAACUGAUGUUGACAAAUAAUUUGUCGGAAAUGGUGAAGUGAUGAUCUGAAGAUGGACACAGCUGAAGUCGAAUUUUUGGCGGAAAAGGAAACUGUCUCAAUUGUUCCUAAUUUCGCACAAGAUAAAAUUUAUCUUAUUGGUGGAGAUAUAGGUCCAUUCAGCCCAGGGUUACCAGCAGAAGUUCCUCUGUGGAUGGCUAUCAAUCUCAAACAGUCACAGAAAUGCAGACUAACACCCCCUACCUGGAUGGAUGUAGAACAAUUACAAGAGAAGAAACAAGAGGAGACAGAAUCUAAAUUUUUCACCGCCAUGCCUUCUCCACAUUACAUGGAAAUCACCCAACUUUUACUCAAAUAUGCCACUGAUGACAUUCCUCAUGCUGAUGAGAUCAGAACGCUUGUCAAAGAUAUUUGGGACUUGAGGAUUGCCAAAUUACGGAGCAGUAUUGACACUUUUGUAAAAAGUGAGGCAACACAUGCUAAGCUGAACCACUUGACCCUGAUGGAGCUGAACACUGUGCGACCAUUCCUUACACAGGCACUUGAUCAAAUGCACAUUCUGCGGUCAACCAUGAGUGGACAGGCUCAAGCUUCUCAAGAGUAGAACUGGUCAGGAAAGAACAAUACGUCCAAGCAGGUUUAAUGGCCAAGAAAGAUGACACUUCCAGUGUACACCGAUCAGUGUUAAAUGUUAACAGUAUAACUGAUGGACAAUGCUGUGUACAACACCUUUUACAUCUCAGGAAUAUUGAUUAAAUUAACAUCAAGUUUUAAAGUAAUUUGAUUGAUCUUACCUACUACUUUGAAAAAACUGUGACAUUAAUUAGUCUAAAAUUAGAUAAUAUGACAGGCGUAUCAUGCUCCCGCUUGCGGAGCUCUUGUAGAUUUUGUGCAGUACUGGUAAUACUAUUGUAUGCAUAUUAAGUUAUAAAAUGAAAUAUUGAUCAUAUCAUUGAAUGCAAAUUUGGAUAAAUGUGUCAAAUAUUUCCAGACCGCUACUGGUUAAAUCUGUCCUAACAGAUGUAUGUGAGUAAGUUUUCCUGUUCUCAAAUAAACACCAGUUGCUGUAUUCUUGUCACAGAACCAUUAACUACAGCAACAACUUAGGGCAAUCAACAAGGCCUAGUUGUUUAACAGGUGAUUAACAGCCUAACAGUUUAAUAAAAAAUUCAAAAUCGUGAUAGUAUCAUUUCUGGUAAAACUUCACAAACAAUUACAAAAUGCUGAUAGUAUCAUUUCUGGUAAAACUUGACGAAAUGCUCUUAAGACUUGUCAGUCUCUUCCUUCCUGCCUAUUUUAAGGAAUACACACAAAAAGGUUUUUCAGUAUUAAAAGGAUAAAUAAGAUUUUCACUAAUCAAGUGAUUAAGCUAUAAUCACCUUCUGAACAACUGGGUCCAGGGCCCAGUUGUUCAAAAGGUUAUUCGGCUAAUCACAGUUUAACAACAAUAUUAAAGUCCUGACUAAAUAAUUUCUUUAAAAAAAUGUUGACAAAAUUUUCUGAAAAUAUAACUCAUCAGUCUCUUACUAUCUGCUUAUUUUGAAGAAUGAUACACACACAGGGUUUGAAGUAAAGGAGGAAUGAGAUUUUCACUAAUCAAGUGGUUAGGCUAAUCACCUUUUGAACAACUGGUAGUUAAAUUAUAAAUUUCUGAACUGAUGCUUGUUUGUUACAUGACGUGCCGGUCACAGAUUUUAAAUUAUUUGCUGUUUGAUGAUCUGUAUGGAAAAAUACUAUAAAUGGGUGACAGUUGUUAGUGCCACCAUUGGUAGAUGUUAGAUAAUGACUUGUGUUAUUGUUAACUACCACCUUCUAUGUAACCAUACAUACAAUUUGUUUGUUAGUGACUUUGUGACUACACAAGGGGAUCCAGUUGUUUUCUCCAAUGUACUAAUUGUGUACUUCAGUGUAAAUAAAAACAUUAUGUACCAGA